UUUAAAAAAACCUCCCCAGAGUGCGAAAAACACUCGCUUUUGGUGUGCUGGCGGGCUCGCGAAACUCCUACGAUUUUUGCCCUACGGGGCAUGAGCAUGUGUGCGUGCGAGCCAGUCGCAUUGAAAUCAUCCACGUAUAGAGUUUGUUUUGAUUUGUAGCGUUUGGCUAAUUGGGUCCGGACUGCAUUCGAGAAAAAGUACCAACAUAUUACUAAAUAGCAUUCAGUUGUGGCAAAAUAAUACUGCACCGACCAAACUCCGGUGGCUUCGCUUUGGAACGCAUACUUUCGCCAAAAAAAAAAAUGGAUGUAAGUGCCUUUUCCGGCGACGAUUUCGAUGUCAGCAGCUGGAUUAAUGCCUCCUACGAACGGUCUCAAAAGACAGCCACUGGUUCCGCGGGCAAGGAAGCGUUCGUAUCGUCGCUCGUCUCCAAGAUGCAGCUGUACGUCCAGCAGAUCAAUGUAGCCUUGGAGCAAACGGGCGGGCAAGUGCUGAAAAACAUCCCCAAGGUUAUCAGCGACGCGAACAUGCUGCAGAUUGAGUCGGGUUUGCUAAAGCAGCGCAUGAAUCAGGUACAACGCGAGAUUGCACAUCUGCAAACCGAAACCGGAGAUUGUAUGGUUAGUCUCGAGCGGCUGGACGACAUCAAGCAACGGUUGCAAAGCUCCAAACAGUGCCUGCAGGAAGCCGACGGGUGGGGUAAGCUAGCGAGCGAGCUGGACGAUUUGCUGGAAAAGUCCGACAUUGAUGCAUCGAGUGGAAAGUUACUCUCCCUGCAAAAAUCGCUCGCCGCGCAGGUCGGCCUGCACGGGCAAUCGGAGCGCGAGAACCAGGUGGAAUACUUCAAGAACCGCCUGGAAGCUCUCGUUAGCCCUUCGGUCGUGGUAGCACUGCGCUCGAUGGAUACCGCUGCCUGCCGGCGAUACGUUGGCAUUUUCGAAGGAAUCGGCCGACUAGCACAGUUGAAACAAUACUAUCGCACGGUGCUGAAGACAUUCGUACAGGAACAGUGGAGCAGCGCGAUCGAGGGAAGCGAAAGUGGCGGUUCGGAUGUGUUGAAGGAGUUUUACGACCAUUUGGUGGAGUUGCUCAAGAGCCAUCUGCGGUGGAGCUGUCAGUGCUUUGGUGAAGCUACCGAUUGUGUGCUGGCCGUGGCAGAUGCACUGGAGAACCUUGACCCCACACGCGAGAGUGUCGUACGCAGUGCACUCAAACGGGCCAAUGACAAGUUCUGGACAUUGACACAAUUUUCCAAAGUGAACGUAUCGAUGGGUACACUGAUUGAGGGUUGGGUACGGGGAGGUCCUCAGCAAGAUAUUCGUUGUGACGAUGAGACCACCAUCGACCGACUGGCGAACUCAUUGUUUGUCUUCUUCGGAAUAUUCCUGAAGGAGUAUCCAACGCUCGAAAACUCCCAGCUCGAAGCGUCCCUUCAAGGUUUGUCCAUCAUCGGUACGGCACCUGCCGACAGUGUUCACAAUUUGGAGAGCGCGAACGCCAAGAUUAUACGCUGGGCCAUGGAAGCGGUGACACGCUGCCAGGACAUUACACAAAACUGUGCGCUUCUGUCAUUGGGCAGCGUGCUGCAAAACUACCUGCUGACCUACUUAGAUCAGUACAACAAGGUGCAGAAGCAGCUCGCUGCCAGCCAGCCGAGCCAAACCGACUGGAACCUGCUGCAGCUGAGUGUCGUUUUGUUGCAAUAUCUUGGAUCCUUCCGACAGGCUGCCUACGAGCUGGAGCAAACAUUCUUGGAACAAGUCCUUACCAAACACUCUCAGCUCACUGCAGGCUCGGCACGAGCCCGCUUUGAAUAUCGGUUGAAUACCAAGGGCGAGUUUAACGAAUUACACAAACUUGCCACCACAUUCCAACAGACGUCCUCCGAGCCGGGCAGAGAGUAUUUUAGCGAGUUUCACCAGCGCAUGAAACGCACCUGCGAGGACAUUCACGAUACAAUGCUGCAAAUUGCAUUCUCACCCAUAACGAAACACUUCAAACAGAUUGAGCCCGCUGCCACUGGCCCGACCGGGGCAGCCGGUGGUACAACGGCAAUGGACACACUGCCGGACUACAGCUACGCACCGCAGGAAUACAUCACGCUCAUUAGUCAGUAUUUGCUUACGCUUCCGCAGCAUCUGGAACCGCUGCUGUUGUCGCCGGCCGCUGCACUGAAAUCGGUGCUGGAGGUGGCAGACCAUCGAUACGCGUCUAACCGACCGUGUGCCGACGUGUUUCUUGCCCUCGUCGUGGAGGAGUCGGAAGCGUUGUACGUUGAGCAAAUAGAGAACAUUUGCUCGCUGAGCGUGUCGGGAGCGAAACAGCUGGCCACCGAUAUUGAGUACUUUGGCAGCGUGCUGGAAGAGAUGGGACAAUCUCUGGGUGGUAAUCUGCAACAAACGGUUAAACUUCUGCGCGCUCCUUUGGAGUCGUACGCUUCGGCAGCAACCGGAUGUGAUCCGGAGCUGGUAGCCGCCAUUCGUCAGAAGCGCAAUUUAAUAUCCUGUUGAGCCAUCACAACCAAAAGAGAGUGGUGUCUGAAAUACGGUCAGCGAAAACUGUUUUAAUUAAUUUCUAAAAAUAAGAAACAAGUUGAUUGUUGCUUUUCUAUUUUCCUUAUUAAUCUAGGAGUCAAGCAGGUGACUAAAUUUUUGCAAAAAAAAUGAAACAAAUACACCACGCAAUACACAUGAAAUUACGUCGAGUUUUAUUAUUUCUUCCACAAUGAACGUUAGCACGAUUUAACGCCAUCCCGUACCUCAUACUGUUGUUCCUACAUUGAUUGGCCGCGAUACAGUACUGGUAGUUUUAUUUACAUCUCAGUUAAACUUUCUAUUUCAUUUCGAUACUAAAACCUCACGACGACAUCGAUAUAAAAGCAAACUCUUUCUACGCUUUAUUUCUGUUAAUGAUGCACAACAACAAAAACAUACGCAAAAGAAUGAAAACACGUAUUCAUCACACUUUAUACUGCUGCUGUAUGAAGUCGAUUCGCACCUACUAUUAAUCAGUGGUAAUAAAUAAAUAUGUAAAAAGUAUCAUUUCAAUUAUGACAAGGAGGGAAGCACAAGUGAGAGAUUUAUUUUAAAAAAUUGAUAGUUAAUGGUAUGUCCAAUGAAAUACCGUUUGCCUGCACAUUCAGAAUAUAUUUCCCGGCUGUGUGCCAAGCCACUCGCGUAAUUCGCUUUACUAACAAGUAACAUAAACAAUUGACUAUGAAUUUAAUCGUGCUAACAUCGCCUUUCUGUUGCGAUCGGGAAAAUCUCAAUCAUGCUAUUAUAUUGUCUGCCAAAAUGUAGGACAACCUUGUAGCAUUCAUUCAA